AUGCCUCCAGCUACAAUGCGUGCAGUUGUUCUCAAGGGGGAUUUCGAGGUCGCCGUCGAAGACCGUCCGUAUCCAAAACUUCAAAAUCCAACCGACGCCAUUCUCAAAGUCACAUCGACUGCACUUUGCGGCUCCGACCUACACUUCUACCGCGGCCAUCUCAAGUGUCCACCAAACUUCAUCUGCGGCCAUGAAUUCGUCGGCAACAUCGUCGAAAAGGGCGACCAGGUCACCAACUUUGCCGUGGGAGAUCAGGUCGUCGUCCCCUUUUACACCGCGUGCCAGGAGUGCUACUACUGCGUCCGGGGCCAGGCGAGCCGCUGUUCCAAGGGCGAGUUGUUCGGGAACAGUGUGCCCGCCAACACCAUCGAUGGCGGCCAGGCAGAGUACGUGCGGGUACCGUUGGCGAACAGCACACUCUUCAAGACCCCCAAAGGAAUCCCCGAGGAGAUGCUCGUGCUGAUGGCCGACAUCUUCCCGACGGGCUACUUUGCCGCUUCGCGCUUCCUCAAGAACCUCCCGCAGCGCGACCGCGACGAGUACACCACGGUCGUCAUCGGGUGCGGGCCCGUGGGCAUCUGCGCCAUCACGUGCGCCCUGACCAUGGUCAAGACGGUGUACGCCAUCGACACGGUCCCCGACCGGCUGGAGGAGGCGAGGAAGAUCGGCGCCAUCCCGAUCGACCUCAACGACGGGCCCGUCGACAAGAUCAAGGCGGCCAGCGGGGGCCGCGGCGCCGACGUCGUGCUCGAGGUCGUCGGCCACGCGGACGCCUUCAUGCUGGCCUUCGACCUGGUCCGGCCGUGGGGCCAGAUCAGCUCCGUGGGCGUGCACACGGAGCAGCUGCCCUUGAACGGCCUGCUGUGCUACGGCAAGAACGUGACCAUGGCCUUCGGCCGGUGUCCCGUGCGCAGCAUCUUCGAGGACGCUCUGGCGGUCCUGGUGCAGGAACAGAAAAAGGUCGCCUUCCUGUGUGGCAAGACCAUGUCCCUCGAGGACGCCCCCGGGGCCUACAGGGACUUCGAGGCCAGGAAGGUCCACAAGAUCGUCUUCAAGAUGCCGGGGGACGAGGCCGGAGAGAGCGUCGCGGCCAAGGUGCAGUGA